GGUGCAGGCCGGGAACGCCCUCAGUUGGUGCCGGGCCAUGGGGCUGCGCGGGCGAGCGCGGCGCGGGGCGGCCCCGGGGCUGCCCCGCCUGGAGCCCGCGGCCGCCGAGUACUUCCAGCAGGCGCUGGCCGCGCUGCAGGCCGGGCUGGGCCCCGACGGGGACCACGAUCUCUUCGUGACCAACGUGCUGGCGGAGGCGGCGGGCGCGGAGCUGCCCGUGGCGCUGGACCCCGCUGGCUCCCGGCUGCUGGAGCAGCUGCUGCCCCGCACCUCGGCCCCGCAACUCUCGGCCCUGCUGCGGCCGCUGCUGCCCGCCCUGCGCCCGGCCGCCGGCCACCACCACGGCGCGCGGGUGCUGGAGGCCGCCCUGCUCCGUGCCGUGCGCCUGCUGGGCGCCGAGGGGGGCGAGGCGGUAGCGGGGCUGGUGCUGGAGGCUGCGGCUGCCCUUACGGGGGAGAACCUGCCCGCCCUGGCCUCCGACCUCCACGGCAGCUUCGUGCUGCGGUCGCUGCUGCGGGUGCUGGGGGGAGCCCUGGUGGGCUCUGUUGCUGCUCGCCCGAUCCCUGGGGCAGGGACCCUUGUGCCGCAGAAGAAGCGGGCCGAGGCGGGGAGUGAGGGCCCGCUGGAGUUCGAGGUGCCCGAGUCCUUCCUGGCUUGUCUGCAGGGGAUCGUCGCCAGCUUCCAGGAGCACCUGGCUGAGCUGGUGCCCCACAGAGUCUCCAGCCUCUGCCUGCAGGUGGCCCUGGAGGUCACCAGCCAGAAGCUGCCCAAGACCUGUGCUGAGCUGUGCUGUGCUGUGAUUGGCUACCUGAGUUCCCGGAAUGCCUCUUCCACAUCCAGCCCUUUGCUGGUGUUCCUGAAGGACCCCACGUGCAGCCGGGUGUUGGACAAGGUGCUGGAGGUGUCGGAGCCCCGGGCCCUGCGGAUGCUGUAUCGGCAUCACUUCCAGGGCCAGCUGCAGGUGCUGGCGGGGCACGGUGUGGCCAACUUUACCGUCCAGCACCUCAUUGCUGCCGCCCCUUGCAAGAUGGUGAAUGAGUGGUGGGAUUGUGGGAACUGGCUUGGGCUGGGGAAGGUGCUGGCAGAGCUGGGCCCAGCCUUGGAGGAGGUUCUGGCCUGUGGGCACCCUGGGGUGCUCACGGCCCUGCUGAGAGCCUGCCGGCAGCAUGGUGCCCACCAGCAGGAGGCGCUGCAGAUGGUCCUAGAGGCUUUCCACUGCUGGGACCCACCUGCCCGCCAGGAUUUCUGCGCUCCUCUCCUUGCUUCCCUGCAGACCUAUGAGGCCUACUACCCAUCAGAGGAGGGGCUGGGGGCAACAGAACAGCAGCCUGGGCCCCUGCCUGCCCUUGGCUCCAUCUCCCUCCACGGCUCCCUCCUGCUCCAGCACCUGCUGCACUUUGCCAACCCUGGCCCUGUGCUGCACAGCCUGGCAGCGCUGCCUGCCCUAGACCUGGUGACACUGGCCUGCAGCUCAGCUGGCAGCCACGUUUACAACGCCCUCCUGGCCAGCUCUUCGGUGUCCCCCAAGCAGAGGCGCAAGGUGCUGCGAAAGCUUAAGGGUCACUAUGGGUCUCUGGCCUGCAGCAAACAUGGCAGCCGGGUUCUGGAUGCUGUGUGGAAUGGGGCCACCCUCCCGGAGAAGCAGAAGAUCGCUAUGGAGCUUGCCCCACAGGAACAGCAGCUGUGUCAUGACCCCUUUGGGCGCUAUGCGGUCCGCAACUUCGCCCUGACCCAUUUCCGGAAGCGCCGGAAAGACUGGGACCAGGUUCAGGAGGCUGAGACGCGGCGUCGGGAGCUGUUUGCUGAGAUCCUGGAAGACUGAGCAGCAGGAAGCUCUGCUGGACUAAUUGGAGAGAGCUUGGAGGACUCUAGCUUGGGGCUCCUUGUCAGCCUUCUGUGUUUAGCCACAGAGAGCCUGGAGGACCAAGUGCUAGAGGGCUGCCAUGGGUUCUUUUUGACCCCAUUCAUCCUAAAGGCACUGGAGGACUGACUCCCCAAAAGGCCCCUUAUGCCCUUUGAAAUGAUAGAGAUUCUGGGGGGAGCCAGAAAAGCUCCUCAUGCCCCUUCUUUUCCUAACCACGGUGGCUGGGGGAACAAAGAGAACUGUAUGCUAGAAAGACUGUUGGACUUUGCAACCACAGAGACAACAAAGCAAGAAAAGGUUAUGUUCUUCUGCUCCUAACCAGAGAUCACAGAGGACUCAAGGGGACACCUGGGAAGUGUGCGUGAGUGUUUGUUUUCUUGUAUCCAGUGCUCUUUGAGCUAUAGAGCUUUUGGAGGACUCGUCUUGCUAGGAGGGCUGCUCUGACCUCUCUUGGGCAAUCUGCUCCCAGCUGAGCAGGAGUUGGGUUCUACCCCAUCUUUCUAUAAAAGCAUCUAUUUCUC